UCACUCGUUUUGGCCUUCCAUCAAUUCCACCCUCAUUCUUUGUUUUCCUUAAACGCAAUCACUCUCGGCUUCCCUGCACAGUGCACCAAAGACCACAAGUUCAUCAUCAUGUACACCAACUACCUUCUCAAUAUCCUUGCGGUGUCCUCACUCACCAUCGCUGCCCCGGCUGUUGGGAAAGAAGAUAGCAUUCAAACGUUCCAACAGCUCCGUCAACGCGGUUCAUCAUCAUCGACUGCAAACCCAGUCAAGAUCGGCUUAGAAGAUGUAGUUCUCUACUCCAGAGACGGACGUUAUCAACUCAUGAAACGUGAUGAUCUCGAAACAAUCCAAGAACUCCGCCGUAACAAAACUGCCCCGCCUAAACCGUGUUCCCUAGAGACCAACCUCUUCCGUGGCCCCGCACCCGCCGCAUCGCCCCCCGCUCAAGCCAGAUCCGCACCUCUUCAGGCCAGAGCCGAUGGCUCCGUCAAGCUCAUCGUUCCCAACCCCCCGUCCCGCUUUCUCGGAUGGGAUGUACAGAUGUCUUCCGUCAUCAAAGGCGCACCCACUACCUUGACCGUAUCCUCGGGCUACGAAAUAUCGAACACAAUUGGCGUUGAAGCCUCCACGGAAUUCAGUAUUGUCAAAGACUUCCUCAGCGCCUCGUUAUCUAUCAGCUAUGAGCAAAGCUGGACGUCUUCGCAAUCCCAGCAGUUCGAGGCUGAGGUACCGGAGGGAAAGUUUGGCGUGUUCGUGAGCAACCCUUGGACUGAUAGAAAUAGUGGUGUUGUUUUUGAGGGUAGGAUCGGGGAAGAGGGGACGACUAGCGCUUAUCAAGCGGAUUCUUUUACGGCGAAGGGGUUUAGUGGGCUAGAGUGGGUGGAUGGUGUGAUUUCGCUUUGCACGGGCGACUCUUUGCCUUUGGCUAGGUGCGUUGGUGAGGGCACUUUCUAAAGGUUCUGGGGUUGGAAAUGAGAAACGCGACACACUAAGGGAAUGUAAGAUGUUCAUGGUAGCAUGAGAUGGUUUGAAUGAUGAAUGAUUGAAUUUACGUAUUUUCUCUUCUUGAACUCGUAUGAUGAUUGAACCACGCUGAACAUGUUUGAUGUGGACCUAACCUCUACUUGAUGGAAAGGUUUAUGAGAUCGAUUUUAGAUGGUGCCCUGGCUAGGAUUGUUUUCUUUCGAUGUUCGAGCGACGCAAUCGGUGGCGAAAAGUAACCCCUCCGUGCGGCCAUUCAAUUUCACGUGCAUUUAUUGGAUCGUACGUUCGCUCCAACAGCCUAAGUGAAUACAGAUGAAUUGCGACCGAAAUACCAUACGUUACAUGCAGACAUCGGGGUGGAUCGCAGUGAAUUCACGAUUCAAACUUCCCGAUGUUGGAUCUAAUGUCUUGGGAACAAUUCAAGUAUACCUAUCUUGCGAUAUCUGCUGUUCCUAUUCCAGGGCCAAGGUAGCCAUUUUAAUCUACCUGCGGGCCUCUAAUCCCCUAGUACACUCUGUUUACAGAAGCUAUUCUGUAGGGACUCUUCCCUAUAGCCGAUCUCAAUGGGAGCACAAUGCAAUAAAAACGGAGGAUUUCCGAUCUGAAAGCCGAGAGGAUAAAUAUAUAAAGAAAGCUAAGCGAAU